GCUGGGACCCCAGUUAGGAGUACACCACUACAGCUCCCGCCCCGCAUCACGGCCUUCCAUUCCCCAAUCUAGGGUGCGAGCUCCCCGCCACCGCCGGCCAUGCCCGACGCGGACGUCGACGUCGAGAUGCGCGCCGCCGGCGCCGCCACCGCCACCGCCGCCGCAGCCUCAACCGCACCCAGCGACGACGAUGGCGAUGACGGCACCGGGGAGGAUGAGGAGGACGGAGAGGACGUCGAUGACGAGGACGAGGACGAGGACGAGGAGGAGCGGACCGCGCCGGCGCCGGUCGAGGAGCCUCCCGCCCCGGCGCCCGUCUCGGCCUUUCCGGGAAACCCGAACCAGCUGACGCUGCUCUUCCAGGGCGAGAUCUACGUGUUCGAAUCCGUCACCCCCGAUAAGUUUGUUUUCCAGGUUCAAGAUGUCCUGUUACUGUUAGGACGUGGUGAACUACCACCUGAUUAUGCUGGCAAGGUUGUACCUAGUCAGAAUGAGAACAAGGGUUAUGAUGACAUACUUCGGAGGACAGACAUUCCUGCAAAAAGGGUUGCCUCUCUACUCAGGUUCCGUGAAAAACGGAAGGAAAGAAAUUUUGAUAAGAAAAUACGUUACGCUGUUCGCAAAGAAGUUGCACUCAGGAUGCAACGCCGGAAGGGGCAAUUUGCUGGAAGGGCCAGCCUGGAGGGAGAAUCUCCAGCUCUUGUCUGUGAUCCUGGUUCCCAAAGCUCAGGCCUAGAUUUCGUGUCACGUGAAUCAAAGUGUCAGAACUGUGGUACUAGUGAAAAGAUGACCCCAGCAAUGCGUCGUGGUCCUGCUGGUCCAAGGACUUUGUGCAAUGCUUGUGGAUUGAUGUGGGCAAACAAGGGUACACUGAGAAGUUGCCCCAAGGCAAAAGUCGAAUCUCAUGUGGUUGCAAUUGAGCAGGCUGGAAAUGACAACAAAGUGCUGGUGACACCGAAGAAUGACAACACUUCUGUUUCUGCAAGCAAUGGCGAAGUCACAAUUGCAGCAGAGGCAGGAGCGCUAAAGGGUGACAGUAUAUAGCACAUGAUUGUUGAAGGAAAAGAUCUCGGAUCCUUUGCCUAUAGCUAGACAAGACACCUCGAUAGAAAGCUCUGCUAUUGCAGAAUACUGAUUCUCGUCAAGUGUACAUUCAUUCCUUGCUUGAGAGUGUUAGGCAUGUAAUUAACAUAAGGCGUCCGAUUGAUGUAUGUUGUGUAAACUGUAAGCCAGAUGGCAUCUGUGGUGUUACAUUUGCUGCUUUCCUGAGCAUGUGACAUUCACAUAAGUCAUAAUCGAGGAUUCUCAUUCCCCGUUGUUUG